CAUAGACGUACCGUCCCUUCCUCAUCUCUUCCAGGCUGGCUGCUUGUGUGUCGUGUGGUCUGGUUUCGAUUGAGGAAAAGAUGGCCACUGGUGCUUUCUCGACUGCUCCUAUCGUUAACACAUCCACAAGCAAUGAGGGGAUACUAAUCGGCGAUAGGGUGUAUUCGGAGGUUUAUCUCACAAUUGACAACUCGCUUAUACCUGAAGAAAGGCUCUCGCCCACACCGUCUAUGCUCGAUGGCCUCGACCUCCACUCCGAAACGGACCUACGCAUUCUAGGCUGCGAACUAAUCCAGUCUGCCGGCAUUCUUCUACGGUUGCCACAGGUGGCUAUGGCUACUGGGCAAGUCCUGUUUCAUCGAUUUUUCUACUCGAAGUCUUUCGUCAAACACAGCUUCGAGAUUGUUGCUAUGGCCUGCGUGAAUUUGGCCUCCAAGAUCGAGGAAGCGCCCCGACGAAUAAGGGAUGUGAUCAAUGUUUUCCAUCACUUGCGACAGUUACGAGGAAAAAGGAGCCCAAGUCCGUUGAUUCUUGAUCAGAACUACAUUAACACCAAAAACCAGGUUAUUAAAGCGGAGCGGCGUGUACUGAAGGAGCUGGGAUUCUGCGUUCACGUCAAGCAUCCGCACAAGAUUAUUGUCAUGUAUCUACAAGUCCUUGAAUGUGAAAACCAGACGCUGAUCCAGACAGCAUGGGUAGUCCAUGAUGGUAAGUGUCAUAAAGAACCUCUGAACUCUGCUCCUCCAACCACAUGACCUCAGGGAUCUCCCCCCAUUGGCUGCCCUUCUCGAGACAGCCAAUCCAGUGAGAGCUCUCUGCCGAGAAUCACUGAAGGUGUCCUAUUCCAUCUGGCAGCAUCACCUUGUUUUCUUGGGGUGUCGAAAGGAUUUGUAUUUUUUGUUUUUGUUUUUUUUUUGGCUUCCAGGUGUAAAUGUUACCUUUUUGUAGUUCUGUAGAUUUUAAAACUGCUCUCUGCUAUAUUUUUCAUUACGUAAAUGCAUCUUAAGCAGUAAAUAUUAGUUUCCUUUUUAUUUCAGCAUAGUUUUUUAAAUAGACGAAAUGUUUCAUGAUUUAUUGUUGUUGCCUGCUAUCUUAAACUGACAUGGUCUCCAGAGCUGUCUUUCAGGCCUCUUCCAGCGCAGGCUUUGUCACCAAGGACCUGUUCUGUCAUCUUCUGCGUUCGCUAGCUCUGUCGAUUAGUUUACUCGUUUGCCAUUUUUAAAAUUCAUACUUGAACCUAAAUGCGAAACGUUAAAGCUCAUAAUUUUUUUUUUGAGCAAGCGACAGGCGUUUUUCUAGCUCUCCGUCUUCAUUUGCAGUUUCUCCUACAUCUGACCCCGAAGGGGAUAUACCAUGAGGGUGUGUCUGCAGAGCUUGUUUGGGGGAGGGGGGGUACAGAAUACACGUGCACGCACACACUCACUGAAGGGUGAGGAGCUGAAGUACAGGAUCAGACUGGUAGCAGCCUUUUACUGCAUGGGAUGAGGGCAAAAGCUUUUGUUGCCUAUUUAAACCAAGAUACUUGGACAGCCAAAUUAAAAAAGGGGGGGGGGGGGACUCUCGUUAUACAGUUAAUGCUUGGGUACUAGACAUUAAAGUAAAAGGGGUUUGUUUGCAAAAUGACUCAUUAACAAGCUUCCUUUCUACAUGAAUUGGCCUUCUGGAUAGCUAUCAAAUGUAAAUGCGUUAAGUUCAUUUUUUGCUACUUGCUGAUUAUUUGUGAAUCUCCUAGUUAACAAGUUUGCUAAUUAUAUUGAUUAGCAAGUUGGCAACAUAGAAUGUCAAAUACAAUUAAGUUCCUCACUAGCUUAUUAAAAACAUGGAACUGUAGGCUUUAACCACGUAGCCCUGGGAAUUGAUAAACCAAAUAAUCUCCUAACCAGCUUGGUAGUUGCUGAAUAUCUACACAGAAUGGCCUGGCUACAACUGAUAUAAUGGCGUUCAUAGAUUUAUUUCAUAGCUGUUGUAUGAUAACAUAAGAAUCAAUAGUGGAACCCGCUCCUGCAGCUUUGCCACAUUUCUUGCUGACUAUAAGCUAUGCAGGAUCAAAAUAACUGAAGUGUCCCAAAAACUCACAACUUCAUAAGAAAUAUAACACUGAUAAAAUCAAGUUGAGGAAUAUAAUUAAUAGUUGUAUUUUGCCAUAUUCUGUAUUGGUUUCUGUGGAAAGGUCCAAUGUUUUCUCACACGCAGCAGAAACAUGCUGGACAGCUUUAUUCCAGUAGCUUCACCGCGUAGGUUGGCUGAGGGCAUGAUUUGCUGUUUAGUUAUAUACACGUCUGGGCUUGGGGUGGACAGCAGGGUCACGUCCAUUUUUGUUCACUUGACUUCCUUUAAAUCCUUAAAUCGUUUGGCUUGUUUUGUCUUGACAACUCACUAAUUGUCCUCUGUGUAUAAAAUUACCUACCCAUUGCCACCAUGUCAGGCUGCUGUUUGUUUUCACCAGUUAUGACACUGGUAAGGGUGUUGUCAUUGUCCUGCAAUUGGACCAGGAGCAGCCUGUUCAGGAACAUGCUGUACAAAUCACUAGAAGCAUUUCAGUAAUCUAUACUUCGUCAUACUAGACAUUCAUACCCGCUGCCACACCCUCCCCCAGUACAGCACACCUUGUGCACUGAGAGAGUAUGGAAUGCUUUUGUGGCAGUUGCUUUUUUUUCCCUUUGUUUGCUUUAAAAAAAAAAAAAGGAAA